AUGCCCGUAACCGAAUUCGCCACCCUCGAAGUACUUGACUCGUCGAAUCCCUCAUUGAUAACCCAGCCUCCCCUCAUCGACCAUCUCCGUCUCGUCGCUGAAAAGCAAUCCGCUGUAUCAGGAUACCCCGUCUUGUUCUUCGAGACAUUAUCCCCAGAUUCCAAAUCUAUAUUUUACCUGAUUUCCGGAUGGUCAUCUGUCGUUGCUCACUACGAAUGGAUCCAUAGCCAAACAAAUCAGGAAUUACUCGUCCUCUUGAAGGAUUUCGUUGGCGUGAAGGGACUUGCGCAUGUGAGCGUGGAU